UCGAUCAGUUUGCCGGUAACCUUUCAUCGUUUCGUGUUGUUGUUUAGCCGCAGCGCAGCUCGCUCGCUCGAUUCGCUCGAAUUUCGUUCCCUCAAAACAAAAAGUUCCGUGCGUUUGUGCCGAAUCUUUUCUUCUGAAUUUUACCAACCCGACGCGUGUGACCGUAUCCGGAUUCCGUGCCGUUUCCGCCGGUGUUUGUUCGUUCCGCAUAAGUUUUUUAUUUGGAGGUUAGUGACGCCGCCGUCGCCGUGAGUGUUGUUAGACGCGAAGUGAUUCGCUUUUUGUUUUCGCGGUUCGUUCCCCAGUGAGAGUGAAAAUAAACAAAACAAUGUCCUUCGACAACGUGGACAAUCUGGUGCGUUCGAACGUUAGCCUGACCUGGCGUUCGGCCCCGAAAUGCCCCAAGUGCCACCAGGUGUUCAGCUCCAGUGGCUAUUUUAACAAGAACAACCUAUCGCGCCGGGCUUUCAUCCUGAAGUGCGACCAUCUGAUGUGCGAAAGGUGCAUCAUAGACAUGGUGCACGGUCCGAGCCAGGCGGCCGUUUGCCGCAUCUGCAACAUCCGUACCAUUUUGGACAAGAAGCGCCGCGUACACGAGCAACUGCAGUACAGCUACCAAAUGCUGGGGUUGAUGUAUCAACGACAACAUGAGAUUUCCCGUUUGGCGCCACCGGUGUGCGCGGCUAACCCUUCGGCCCCGGGAGAGGUAGUGCCGGUCGUUGCCGAGGAAGAAGAGGACAAAGAAUGUUACGAGUGUAACAUGGUCCGCACGCGCCACUAUUGCCAGGAGUGUGACAUCGCCCUGUGCCGGGAUUGUUUCGAGAAGAUCCACCGGUUCGGGAAGAUCCUCUCGAAGCACAAGCUCUGCUCGUUGACGGCCAAAAAGUGGAUGCAGCAGGAUAUCAGCAUUUGCGAUGAGCACAAGCUGACGACGAAUCUGUUCUGCACCAACUGCGAGGUGCGGGUCUGUAUCACCUGUCGGAACGAGAACCACUCGUCGCACUAUUGUGCCGAUCUGGUGGAUAUCAACCGGGAAGCCCAGCCGCGGCUGCAACAGCUGAUCAAGGACCUGGAGGAGGCGUACGCCAAGAACGAACAAGGAAGAAAGGUGAGUGCGAUGAAAAAAAAGUGAUCUGCUUUAUCUUUGUUUUUGGCGAAUGUUUCGUCGAUUGCAUACGCGCCAGGCGCUUGAUGAUUCUAAC